UCCCCCCCACCGACCGACCGAGAGAGAGAGCCUGCCCAAGCCGCACGGCGAAGCGCCCUGCACGGACACAGCCCACCGGGACGAGCCGCUUCCAGCCUGAGCCGAGCCGAGCCGAGCCGAGCCGGAGCGCAGCCACAGUGCACACACACGGGCGGACGGGGGAGACGAACGAACCAAGGCAGCCAUGCGGAGGAAAUCGAGGAUAUUGUUGUGUUUUGCGGUGCUGUGGGUGCUGGGGAUAGCCUACUACUUCUACUCGGGGACCGCGCUGGGGCGAAAGAAGGAAUCAGACUCCAGUGACUCAUCUAGUAGAAGCAAACUUUACAGCUCUGACGAUAAGACUCAUGGACUGGAGACCCUGCCGCCAGGGAAGGUGCGCUGGCAGGAUUAUGACCAGGACCUAUACGUUGGUGCCACGGUCGUCCGAUCGGGUCAGGAUCCAUACGCCAGGAACAAGUUCAACCAGGUGGAGAGCGACAAACUGCGCAUGGACAGAGCAGUUCCUGAUACAAGACACGACCACUGCAGACAUAAACAAUGGAAGUCAGAGCUGCCAGCCUCCAGCGUGGUCAUCACCUUCCACAAUGAGGCUCGCUCUGCUCUGCUGCGGACUGUGGUCAGUGUCUUGAAGAAAAGUCCUCCUCACUUGGUCAAAGAGAUCAUUCUGGUGGACGACUACAGCGAUAAUGCGGAGGACGGAGCGUUGCUGGGGAAGAUUGAGAAAGUGCGAGUGUUGAGGAAUGACCGCAGAGAAGGACUGAUGCGUUCGAGGGUUCGUGGUGCAGACGCUGCCACAGCGCCAGUGCUCACCUUCUUAGAUUCUCACUGUGAAUGUAAUGACCACUGGCUGGAGCCGCUACUGGAGAGAGUGGCUGAGGAUAAGACGAGAGUAGUUUCUCCGAUUAUUGACGUCAUCAACAUGGACAACUUCCAGUAUGUAGGAGCCUCGGCCGAUCUGAAAGGAGGUUUUGACUGGAAUUUGGUGUUUAAAUGGGACUACAUGACUCUGGAGCAGAGACGAGCCAGACAAGGCAACCCCAUCGCGCCAAUAAAGACUCCUAUGAUAGCUGGAGGUCUAUUUGUCAUGGAUAAGGACAACUUUGAUCUGCUCGGAAAGUACGAUAUGAUGAUGGAUGUGUGGGGAGGAGAAAACUUGGAGAUCUCAUUUCGUGUGUGGCAGUGCGGUGGCAGUCUGGAGAUCAUCCCCUGCAGUCGAGUCGGCCACGUCUUCAGAAAGCAACAUCCGUACACUUUCCCAGGGGGCAGCGGGACAGUGUUUGCAAGGAACACAAGGAGAGCAGCAGAAGUGUGGAUGGACCAGUAUAAAAACUUCUACUACGCUGCUGUCCCAUCAGCGAGAAACGUCCCCUACGGAAACAUCCAGAGUCGUUUGGAGAUGAAGAAGAGAUUAGGCUGUCAGCCAUUUAAAUGGUACCUGGAUAAUGUCUACCCUGAACUGAGGGUCCCAGAUCACCAGGACAUAGCGUUUGGAGCCUUGCAGCAGGGAGGAAACUGUCUGGACACCCUGGGUCAUUUUGCUGAUGGGGUGGUGGGCGUCUAUGAGUGCCACAACGCUGGUGGGAACCAGGAAUGGGCUCUGACCAAGGACAAAUCAGUUAAACACAUGGACUUGUGUCUCACUGUGGUGGACAGAACCGCCGGUUCCCUCAUCAAACUUCAAGGCUGUCGAGAGAAUGACAGCAGACAGAAAUGGGAGCAGAUUGAGUCCAAUUCCAAGCUUCGUCACGUGGGCAGUAACCUCUGUCUGGACAGCCGCAGCGCCAGGAUGGGUGGACUCACCGUGGAGGUCUGCAGCCCAAGCCUCAACCAGCAAUGGAAGUUCACCCUCAAUUUACAAUCUUAGGGGGCGCCACAGUCCCCAGGCAGAGUUGGAUCUCGAAUAGAGACCACAACAGACUCUGAGACACGGGUUAGAAGAUGGACUUGAAGGAGAAAGACUAGCUCAAUGGAUAAAAAUUGAUUUUUGCUCCUCAGAGGUGCAGCCUGUCAUGCACCCCUCUCUCUCAACUCUCCCCCACCAAAAAAAAACAAAACGAACAUGAGCCACACACCCUGGGGGGAGGGGCUUGCAGACCAUUACCGGAGUAAACGGGAAUCUGUCUGUGCUUCAUGAUGAGGAUAAAAGCGAUGAAGAGGCUUCCCACCCAAACUGCAUACCUCAGUGUUUUUCCAUUGAUGGUUCUAGAAGCAAAUGUUGAGUGAAUUCCUUUCUUUGUUUUGUUCUUUUACAUUAUUCAAUUCUGGGGAAAUAGGAAACUUUGACAUUUUUACUUUGUAAUUGUUUUAUUUCAUUAUUAUUAGUAUUUUUUAUUCCUUGCUCUUAAUUCUUGAAGGGGAGCUUUUUUUCUUUUGGAAGAAUGGGAUGUUGGCUGUUGUUGUUGCUCCUCUCUGGUGCUCUCUCGUUGGUUUUCCACACUGAACUCGAGCCCAGAGCGGCAGAUGGAGGCUUCAGGUUGUAGUUUUUUGGUGAAGGUUUGGAUGAAGGGAGGAAACAGACUCUAUUCUUUGAGCUUUUCUUCUUGUUUACUUUCAUUGAUUCACAGGAUCACAGAGAAAAAAGACAAGGUGGAGAGAUUACUAUGUGUACUUUCUUGUCUCCUGUACCGUUUCUUCCCUACAGAUUGUUUCUUGAGGCGGGGGAAGCGGUUCAGGGCAGAGCUUCUGUACUAUGGACUGGGCCUGACACUGGCACAACCGUUCCUAAAACCAGGAAGUGUCUUGAAGCUCACCUUGAAGAUUUUCUGUUUAUGUUCUGGCUGUAGCACUGGCUGUUGCACCAGCUUCACUACUACACCAGUUAUGUCUCUAUAGGAAAAACACAGAAAAUAAGUCUCCCGUCUCUUUUUAUUUACUUUAAAAAGAAUGGAACCAAAUUUCAAAUGGAUGUUUUAUGUUUCAGGUGAAAUACUCUCGCUGCUCUCUAACUGCUUCCUGUGGGGCAGUUCAGUUUAUACAUCUUUUUCCUGCACACAUACCUGUCUUUGCAUGUGUCUAUAUUUCCAUUGUAGGAAGGUUACUGUCUAAAAUUCAGGUCCAAACUGGAUUUAAUUUUGCAGCUUCUUCUCUAGAGCUAACAUGUGUUUGUUGCAAAGAGAUAAUGACACAGACACCUAAUCUUUUACAAAUUCAUUCACAUGGACAGGAUUGAGGCGAGUGUUCAUCCACUUUCUACAUGACCCUGCAGGCACAGGCAUAGGAAAAUCACCAGUGUCCACGUGCGGCAAACUUCUCAGAGGACUCAUACUGUGGACCUGUAACAAGUUUUUAGUUUUAUUUAUUUGAAGGAGACUUAAGGAGACCCCUUGCUUAUUCCAGCCUGUGAACAGAGGUCAUGCUCAAACAAAAGCACCUCCAAAGCCCCUGACUGAGUUCCAACUGUAUGAAGUGUGCAUGCACUCGUCUUCUUUAAAGCUCAGAAAGCUGCACGCAUCACCAUCAUGUUCCCACAGUUGCACUCAGUCACUAGUGAUUUGUAUCAACAUAUUUUUUUCCCUUCACUGUGGCUGUUAGAUGAGCCAUCUGUUCAGAAGUCUAAUACUGCAAUAAACAAGGUUUCACUAUGUGACGUACUCUGUUUCUGCACAAGGCGGCCUGGUUUUUCUGAUUGCACAAGCGGAACUGUCAAACUUGCGCUGACACGACAGCUUCAUAGUUUGUUGUUACCUGAUUUUGGUACAGAUUCAAUUUACAGAACGUGUAUCUGUUUGCAAGUCCAUUAUCUGAUGCCUGUUUUGCAUCUUUUGCAUAACUGCUCUCCCCUGUGCUCCAUCAUCUCUUCUGUCUCUGUCACUGAUGAGUCAUGAUCUUGGAUUUUGGGGUAAAUUGGUUUUGAUUAAGUUCAGAGUGACUCAUCACUUGGCAUCUUUAAUGCAGCUACAUACACAAACUCCAGAAAUAUCCCUGAACAGAUGAUACUUCAUUCCUGGUUUACUCUAGAAAGAAGCUGCAGCAGAAAUUGUUUAUUAAUGUGAACAAAUCUGUUUGUCAUUAUUUCUCUUCCACGCACAUUCACAUCCUUUCACAUUUGAUUUGUUAUUUUAUUCUUAUAGAUAGAUAUUCCAAACCUGACAAAGACAGCUGGUUGUGUUUGCUCUGUUGUCUGAUCCUUUUCUUAUUUUCUGCCAUGUUGUUUCCCUGGUUCUGAAGAUUGCCUUGUCUUAACGCCUGAGUGGAGAGGAGAAGGUCAGCUGAAAUGGUUGAAAAGCCUAUCCUGUGACUUGAUAGGUCGCUUCAUGAUGACCCAGGGUAUGAGGCCAUAUUCUAGAUGGGGGGAAUGCUUUUGUGUUGCCAUGGGGAUGAGACUCAAGGACCCAAAUCCGGUUUAGGCUGGUUUAAUGCUUAUCAAGAGGUAGAUAUACUGUCAACUUUUAAAGUUAUUUUUAUUUUUUUCCCUUCUGUUGGGAAAUUGUAAAAUAACACAAAAUAAAUCAGUUGUGUCUUAAUUUACUACAAUACACAAGAAAAGUUAUACAUUUUCAUAGAAUGUGAAACUAGAGAGUCAAAUCGUGCUUUGCAGAACAUGAUACUUUAGGCUGGUUGCAAUACAAAUGUGUAAAGAUGGAUCUCGCAUAUUACAUGAAACGCAUACACUCCUUCAAAGUGGCUGGAGCUUAAUUUUAAAUUUGAAAACCACCGAAUAUUUAUUUUGUUUAUUAUAUGGUUCCAUUUUUUUUACACAUCAGCUGAUUCUGAAUUUGAGCCUGUUUGGUUGAAGCUAUUAUUACUGUUUGGGGUAGAUCUGAAAUCUGGGUUGUUCUAGGAGGAAUCGGGUCCAGGUAGAAUAAUUUUAAAUAUUUAGUUUUCCUUUAAUUUUUAUUUAUAUGUGUAAGGAUCAUGUCUAGAAGUGUUACUGGGCUGGAUGUACAAACGUCAAAGCCUUUUUAUUUGCUAUCAUUGUGACAUCCAGCUCUGGGAUUGUAAAAAAACUCCACUGCAAUUGUUUGUGAUGCUGACGUUUUACCUAUGCGUUUUACUGACCUAUAGCGCCCUCUACUGCCACCCUUCUUGUGGUUAAUGAUUAGAGAACCGGGGCGAAGGGGUGUGGAGGUAGUUAAGUUCUGUUUGAAAAUGUACAUCCAGAGAGUUUUUUUUCCUUAUUCACAUUUUCUUUGUCUGUCUUUACAUUAUGAUAUAUCCUGUUAAUUCAGCAGCCUCGCUAACCUGGAUUUUCAGUGGCAAUGAACCUGAUUACACAGAAUCAGAACAGGCACGAUGACCAAACUGCACACGCCCGAGUGAUCAUUGCAGUACGGUCUGCAAACAGUGUUUCACAUGUGUUGUUUAAUGCCUUUUCUUUUCAAAACAAGUCUUAUUCUUGUGAAGUUGAACAAUUUUGCUAUUUUAUUUUUAUUUUAUAUUAUUUUCUAUGUUAAUACAUGCGUGGAAGAAAGUGACUAUAAAGGUCAAGCACCUCUUUUUGAUUGGAUGAUUAAAUGUUUACAUCUUUAGCACAAUGUGCCAAAGUUCCUUCCAGGAAGAAUGAAAAAAGAGGGAAAUGCCUUUGGGAAAUGCAGAAAUGGUCGUGUUGGGUGCACAUUGUCCCACAGAUUGUUGUUGUUGCGUUAGAGUUCAGAGGGAAGGAUGUGGGCUGCUGUGCUGAUCUGGUGUCAGAUGUUAUCAAGGUGAAGGGUUAUCAAUGUGGCUGCCUCCUUAUUUGAUGUCUAUAAAUCUUUUUGACAAACACCAGCUGUGUAAUGGAAAUGGACGAUAAUGUCUGUAAUACAUCUGUUUUUUUUGUGUGUGUGAUGGAAACAACUAAGAGCUUCAUUCAAAGGGAAGAAGGAGAUUGUCAAUCUGGCAGUCAGACAUUUUUAUUCUCAUUAAAAGAAGAGUAGAGUGACUGAACACCAGGACAAAAUCAACGGUUUAUUCUAUGAAUUUGUUGUGUCAGACUGAAAGACGUCUUCCUCCUCUCAGCCCACCUCAAAAAGAAGGGAAGCCCGCUCUGAUGGGUGACAAGCCCUGCACGGACAUCCAGAUCAGGACUGCUAAAUCUCUGUCCAUCUCUGUUUCUGUAAUGGUGUGGAUGAGUCAUGGCAAAAGGAAGGCUUAAUAUGCACAUACAACAACAAAGUUUAAAAUUCUCAUCGACCAGUAUGACUUAACAAAAACACAACAUGGUAAAUAUCAGUAUAAGUAGGGAGUGAAAUGAACUGAUGGAUUAAUGUUUUUUCUAUGAGGAAUGUGGCUUCAUUCAAUGAUUGAUUGUGUUAAAAUAACGAGGUGGGUGAUGUGGCACGAGGGGGUUACACAUGUAAAAGUGUAUAUUUUUGUAUAUACCUACAUCCGUGUAUGUACAGUAUGUACAUAUAUACACAGUGUACUCAGCCGCGGUUCCUAGUUUUGUUGUCAGACUGUACAGCGCUUCUAACUGUUCCCUGUUUUAUAGAUACUGCAGAAAAUUCAACUUUGAAUGAGGAGAAAUGAUUAACUUAAAUAAAUGCAUUUAUAUAUAUAAACUAAA